AAUUCAUCUUCCUCCAUUACUGUUUCAAAACUCUCUAACUCCAGGCUUCAACUAGCACACUUCAAGGCAGUACUGCAACAAAACUGACUAAUUCCUAAUCAUAUGAUAGUCAUUGGCAACAUAUUCUUCAAACAGAAAGUGGGCAGUUCCUUCAAAAUAGUUAUUAUUUUGUGUUUAUAUAUUGGCUACACUGUACAGCAGUGCAUCUUGGGAAAUUGUUUGUUUACUUCAUUAGUUAUUUCUGUUUUGUACAAUAUGGCUGAUCCAGAGGUAACCUUAUUACAAAGCGGUAAUGUUGAACCAAUGCCUGACAAUUCCACGAGAAAGAGAAAAAGAAGAGUAGAUAACUGGAAGAAAACCAAGGACAAAAAGAAGAGACACUCCGCUCAAGGAUUCCCAAAUAUUCCAACUUGUGGACAUCGUGAAAGAGCUAACGGAUCCAAGCACUGUUAUGACUGUUCCCGUCUUAAUAUGCAGGACAUAAGACGUUUUCAUCAGGGGUUCUACAAAUCUUGCAAUAAAAUUGACCAAGAUCAAUUUAUACUGAGGUACGCCAAAGGAAAAGUUCCAAAAAGACAUCGGCUUCAAGGUCCUCAUUCUUCUGAAAGAGGUAUGGCUAUUGAAUAUUUCAUACCAUCAUACCGCAAUGAAGGAGGAAGUGAAUUGGUAAAAGUUUGCCAAAAGGCUUUUUUAGAUAUUUUAAAUAUUUCAAAAUUUAGAGUACAAAGAUUGUGCCGUCUUGUGUUUCAAACUGGCGAAUCGCCAAAAGAACUUCGAGGUGGAGGACCAUCGUUCUAA